GUGAUCUUUAGAAUUGUUUUGGUGGUAUUUGGACUUCAAGGCUGCCAUAACAUAGACAGGCGUUAACAAACGUGGAAACAGGGAGACUGUCACCAAGCUUCAAAACUACAUUAAAAACACACACACAUUGUCAUGUAAUGUAAAACCUUGUUUUUUUCACUAGCAUAAAAUAGAAAGCGAUUAGAGUGUCUUUAGAAUUCUUAGUGUUGAAAGUUGUUUAGUUUUGUCUGUGGCAGCCUUCCUAAAAAAUAAAUAAAGAAAUGAAUAAAGACGAACGCGCCACCCCUGCAUUUUACUCAGGCUGCACGCCUGUUCAAGCUCCUGCAUCAUCGUCUCACCAGAAGAGGGCAUUCGGAUUCUGGCUGACAAACUUGUUUUGACAUGCUGACGUGAUUAACAACAGCGUCUAUAGCUGCAUUUUAAAGCGUUAAACUGUGAGCAUGAGGGGAACGCUUAGGCUUAAAGAAGGAAUGAUGCUUGGACACGUUUUUUUCCCGGUCCAACUCGCUGGUAAUGCUUUGCGCUGACUUGGAGAUGACCUACCAUUAGUUUGGCUUGUGCGCCAUUCAAGGAUCGGACUCAGCAUCCAUCUGAACACAAACCCGGGAGGUUUACGCGGGAUCUAAAGCCUGACUUCCUAUUUUCCUGCAUCAAACCACUGGGUUUUAGUGAAGUUUGGACCCGGAAUUCCUUUGACUUCCUUGGAUGAGGUUAUUCUCUUCGCCUGCUGCAGUGUUCUUAUUUGUACGACUUACUUCAAAUAAAAAGGAGAGCGAUCAGUUGCUUACAAGGGAAAGGGAACAUCUGAAACCGGAUUUGUGCGCCUUCAAUCUUUUGGAGUAAAUGACAUUCGCCUCGGUUCGGUUGGGUUAUCGUAGAUGUAGAACUGAAUCGGAUAACACAUCCAGGUCCGGGCGAGUGAGGGGAAGGUGCGCUUUGGAGUCGGCGUCUGCGCGGAGACACCGGACCAGUGGAUUAGGACGAUACCUGCCUGUGGAGAGCGCAUCAUGCGGAGUCGGAUGUUGCGCGCAAGGAGCCAUUAAAACCUGGAGCUAACAGAUACGCGGAUAUGGGCUCAGCUCUACGCCGUCGCUGGUUAGUGAUCCAGCUCUUGAUGCAAGUGUGGUUGGCAGCAAAUCCGUCAUUGAGUGAGCGUCAGUGCCCCAAGAGUUGUCGCUGUGAUGGAAAAAUUGUCUACUGUGAGUCAAGCGCCUUUCGUGAUGUUCCCAAGAACCUUUCAGGAGGCUGUGAAGGCUUGUCUCUACGGUACAACAGCCUCUCCAGUCUGCGCGCAGGCCAGUUUGUUGGCCUCAAUCACCUCAUUUGGUUGUAUUUGGAUCAUAACUACAUUGCCUCUGUGGAUGGAAUGGCCUUCCAAGGUAUCCGGAGGCUUAAAGAACUGAUCCUGAGUUCCAACAAGAUCACAUCACUUCACAACACCACAUUCCACCCUGUACCCAACUUGCGCAAUCUGGACUUGUCUUAUAAUAAACUGCAAGCCUUGCAGCCUGGGCAGUUUCAGGGCUUACGAAAACUCAUGAGUCUUCACAUACGUUCAAAUUCUCUGAAAGGUAUUCCAAUGCGUCUGUUCCAAGAUUGCAGAAACCUUGAAUUCCUAGAUCUGGGUUAUAACCGUCUCCGCAGUAUCAGCCGGAAUGCUUUUUCAGGCCUGGUCAAACUCACAGAGCUGCAUCUGGAGCAUAAUCAAUUCUCAAAGAUCAAUUUCUCUCACUUUCCUCGGCUCUAUAAUCUGAGGGCUCUUUACCUGCAGUGGAACCGCAUCCGUACAAUGAGCCAGGGUCUGACUUGGACCUGGGCCUCAAUUCAGAAACUAGAUCUGUCAGGAAAUGAAUUGACAGAAUUAGAUGCUGAAGUUUACCAGUGCUUUCCCAACCUGCAGACCCUCAACCUGGACGCCAACAAGCUAACCAAUGUUUCUAAGGAGGUGGUGGAUGCUUGGAUCUCUUUGACUAUGAUAAGCUUAGCUGGAAAUGUAUGGGACUGUGGCUCUGUCAUUUGUCCUUUGGUGGCAUGGCUGCGAAACUUUAGAGGGGCAAAGGAGACUACCAUGAUUUGUGCCUCUCCGAAGAAAGCCCAGGGUGAAAAAGUGAUCGAUGCUGUUGAAGCUUUUGGCGUUUGUCAGUCAAGCCAAGUGACAACCCUUACAGGGAGUACUCCACCUAAACCAUCCAGCAUCCCAGUACAGACAGAUCCCCGCCCAGACAUUUUGGCUUUACCAACAAACGCUGGAAAAAGAGCAGAGGGAUCUCUUCGGGGUCCAACGUCAUCAGCAGUUACCCCACCUGUUGCACCACCUGCAGAACAAGACUUGGAGCCUGUGUCUUUUCAUAAGAUUGUGGCUGGAAGUGUUGCCCUGUUCCUAUCUGUUGCAAUGAUCCUGCUGGUGAUCUAUGUUUCCUGGAAGCGCUAUCCGAGCAGCGUAAAGCAGCUGCAGGAGCACUCAGCAGCAGCUCGCAAGCGCCGCAAGAAACCCAGAGAGCAAGAGCGCACCCUCAGCUCUCCCCUGCAGGAGUACUAUGUGGACUACAAGCCCACCAAUUCUGAGGCUAUGGAUGUGCUUGUCAAUGGAACCAGUCAAUGCACAUACACCAUCUCAGGCUCCCGGGAAUGUGAGGUACCCCAUCAGAUGGGUGCCCUGGCCUUUUACAGAUAUGAGCAGCCUAUUGUGGACUACUGCCAAGCCCAUCAACCUCUGAGGCUUAAUGUGGGCUACGAGGGACCACCUCAAGGCCUGGAGGGACUGGACGAUCUGGGACCAUGUGAUAGAGGCACAAUACAGACAGUAGCCCUGCCUGCGGUCCCCUCUGCUGCCAACAUGGCCCCCCCGAUACCAGGACCCCGUUCCCCACCACCAAUUCUCAGACCACAGACUGAAGGUCCCAUCAGUAGCCCGUUUCCACCCGCUGAGCGCACCGGCACACUUAAAUUUGGGCGUUAGUGAGUCUGGUUGUUACAAAUGAGGCGGAGGCCACAUGACCUUGAAAUAAAAGUAGCCGGCGAA